GAAUAAUUUUUUCGCCAAAAAUUGCAAACGAUUUGUAUAAACAUACCACGUUCGACGCAAUAAAAUUGUCACAACCCUACUCAAACGUAAUUACAUCAGCAUUGUGAAUGUGUGCGUGUACGAGCCCGUGUCUGCAUAUGUGUAUACACAUUCAAACGCCACUAAAAAGUAAAAUGGCCGCCAUAUUUUGUGAAAAAUAGUUCGCACGAGAGAAAGUCAACAUACAUAACUUUUCUUAUGGUGUACAAAUUUUUUUCAAAUCAGUCCUAAUUUAGAUUAAUUAACUUUAUUCUAUAAAAUAGUUUAAAAAAAAAACACGUUUAAACCAAUUACAACAUUGUGAUAAAACCAAAUGCAAAAAUCAUAGACAGGAUAAACUUAAAUGAAUUAAGACACAGCAAGAGAAGACAAAAACGAAGUGAAAAUUUUUUUUUAUUCAGAACGUGUAAAUCGAAAGGUAUUUUUUGCAUUUAGACAGCUGUUAAGGCUACACAUGAAAAAAAUACCAAUUUUGAUUGUGUGAACACUUGAAAUUAAGAUUGCAUCGCAUUAUUUUAAUAAAAUCACUCCAUCAGUAUAAAAAAUCAAAAAAAAAAAAAAUUAUAUAUAUAUAUUGUGCUUUAACAUUCAACCAGUCGACCUAUUGAGAGCGAGAUACGUAGGAAAUAGUAAUCGUGCGUAUCGUUUCGUGUGUGGUGCAAAAUCACUUCGUAGGAGCAGUUCGGAGCAGUUCUUCAAGUUGAACCAUCGAAAAACUUUACAAGAAUAUCGAUUCUUGAAAAAAUAAACCGAAAAAAAAUAAAAUCAAACCCAAAAAAGGCCCACGAAUACAAUUUUCAAAGGCAAGCAGAUACAGUGCAAAAAAGAAGCAAAAAAAAAACAUAAAAUACAAUCUGCAAAAAGAUAAUCAGGAUUUUAAAAGUGAAUAUUUGUGAUUUAACCAUUUUUUAUGUGUGUUCAAUAUAAAUAAAUAAAUAAAAAUGCAGAUAAAUCAUCCAGAAGAAUUAAAAGCAUGGCUGACAGUCGUUCUAGACCCAUUAUGUGAAGCUGAUCCGGCCGCCUUAGCUCGUUAUGUUUUGGCAUUAUUGAAAAAGGAGAAACCGCUAAGAGAUCUACAGCAAUGUAUGAACGAACAAUUGGAUGUAUUUUUGGGUGUCCAAACAAAGCCAUUUCUAACUCGUUUAUUCGAAAUGAUUGCUACUGAAGAGUAUCUGAAUGAAACUGCCAUAGACAGAGAUAUAGCAAUUGAAGCAUCAAAUUCCGAGCAAGUACAAUCAUCUCAAGAAACACAAUCAUCGUCUUUAGUCAAUGAAUCCGAUUUGGUGGCUGCUGGUCUCGAUCCAGCUCGUCUACAAAGCGUAGCUCGUAAUAUGAAAGGAACACCACGUCCUGUUGUACCAAAUGACCAAAAUAAUGCUAACGAAAACGAUCCCGAUUACAUUAAUUCAUCACCGCUUGGUUCGUCAAUAACAAAAUUGCGUGACGUGAGUCCAAUAAGCCCAGUAAAACAUGGAAACGACAAUGAAAACCAUCGAAAAGAGCAAAGACGUCGUUCGGCUCGUUCGCGAAGCCGUUCAAGAUCGCCACGUGGCUCAUUACGGCGUGGCGGUGAACGUGAGAAGUACGGUUCCAGGGGGCAUUCAUAUCGAAAUAAAUCACCGGCCAACUCAAAUCCAUUUCGACGAAAUUCAGGCCACGAACCAAGAUCACCUAAAUACUAUAAACGCUCUGAUUCACCACCAGCCGUUGAUGAUGAGGAAUGUAAAGGUGCCCGUUCGCUGUCACCGCAACCACCAAAGAAAAAUGACCGAUGCAGAGAUUUUGAUGAGAAAGGUUAUUGCAUGCGCGGUGAAACGUGUCCAUGGGACCAUGGAGUGAAUCCAGUUGUCUUGGAAGACAUUAACAAUCCAACGCUGAUGACAAUUCAAGCACCGCACCGUUCGGCCGAAUAUAAUCCAGAUGCACCGGAGAUUUGGGCUCAAGGUGGCAGUUUUUUGAAUGGUCCAAAUCGUACCGGGCCACCAAACAAUGCACCAUUGAAUUCAUUUCAACGAAUGCCUACAACGGCUGCAUACAGAGUAGCACCGCCAUUUCCAUUUCCACCAAAUGCUGGUACAACACCAUUGCAACGUGAACUCAUCUCUGUACCAGUGGUUGAAGCCAAUUCAGGCGGUGACAUUUCGGCAAGCCAAAAACGACGAUACGAACCAGAAGAUACGGUUGCCGUUGCUGAAGGACCGACCAAACGUAAACUUCCAAUCAAUAGUCGCUUAGGUCCACCAAAUCGAGUCGGAUUGCAGAAUAAUUGUUCACUUGAGUUACGAAAAGUUCCACGUGGUCUAAAUUCGAUCGCCCAUCUUAACAAUCAUUUUUGCAAAUUUGGAAAAAUUGUUAAUAUUCAAGUUUCGUAUGAAGGAGAUCCAGAAGCAGCUAUUGUAACAUUUUCAACGCAUGCUGAAGCAAAUGUUGCAUAUCGAAGCACCGAAGCUGUGCUAAAUAAUCGUUUUAUCAAAGUAUUUUGGCAUACACCCGGCACAAAUGCAGCUGGUACAGUCGAUGGCAAUCACAAUGCAACGCCAAAUGCCAAUUCCAAUGUAAAUGCCAGCGGAAAUGCAAAAGAAGACAACACCAUCAAUAGCUUUGGACGAAAGAGCAAUCAGUAUAGUUUGAACAAUACUGUGCCCGCUAAUCCAACGCCAGCUUCAACGGAAUUCACAAAAUCCGGUGGUAAUGUGAACGCAGCCAAUAAUAAUGCAUCAAAUGCAUCGUCAAAUGCAACAUUCACGAAAUCAACAACCGCACCAACGGUUAUACCUCCCGCAUCCGCCUUGACAACUAAUCGUAAUCGAAACAGUCGCAUCACCAGAACCGCACCCGAGGCCAUACGAAAGAAAAAGGAGGAACAGGUCAAAGCGGCCGUUCAACUGGCACAUGGGCUUCACAAGAGAAAACAUGAAUUAUUACAAGGUUAUCUGAAACAGAUGCGCACUUGUCUUGAAUUAGUCGAAAAAAUGGACAGCACAGAUCCACAACGUACAACACUGUUGACCACAGUUAAAUCGUUACAAAAUAACAUCGAUAAUUUGAAUAAGGAAAUUGCAUCGGAUCAAGCACAGAUAACUGCACAAAUUCAACCAGCGCAACAUCCGGUUAAGGCACAUCCGUUCAUCAAGUCAAAAGAACUUCAAAAGAAGGAAUUGCUUGACAUUGAACUUGAGCUGAUUGCUCAGCAACAGGAUGGAAAUGAUACGACCGAGAUUCAAAAACGUUUGGAAGAAUUGCAAAAAACUUUGGGCACAGCAUCCAAGCAAAUCCCAUUUCCACCAACACGAAGUUUACGCGUUCGCCCGGCACCACCCGGUUCGACAAGCUUUGAUCGUCGACCAACUACGAUUUUAGUUGCUGGAUUCAGUUCAGAUGAAUGUGACGCCGUUUUGGGACAUUUUAAGCACUUCGGUGAGAUCACCAAAAAUGAUAUUGAUAAAACAACGCCAUAUCUGAAAUUGACUUAUGCAACAAGAUUGAACGCCGAACAGGCAAUGCUACGUGGACGACGUUUUAACGAUAAACAAUUACAAAUGUCCUGGUUUGUACAAAAUGCUGAGCCACCAAAGAUUGCAACCGAGGAAGAGUUACUGGAUGAUACUGUAAAUGAUGAUAAUCUUACAUCCGAAGUACGUUUGGAGGACGAAGAGGACGACGAGGAAGCAGAAGAUCGCUCAUGGCGCCGUUAAAUGCUGCUAAUGGCUUAAAAAUUAUGCAAAACUCAACAUUACACUAUAGUCUAAAAAAAAAAAAUAGUUUGUGAGAAAUGAAAAGAGAAAACAUCAUAAUAUGGUCCGAAUGUUUCUAUCUAAGAAAUCAAGAAGAACUAAACGAUAAUAAAUUCAAAUGAGAAUUUCAACUAUUAAUUAUAUUUAUAUAAGUUCAACGCUUUUAGAAUUUUACACGAUUUUGAUCGAAAAAUUUAAAAAAACAAUGGAGAAAACAUUUAGUGAUUAGGAAUGAAAACAUUUAUAAAUUUAGUUAAGUAACCACAGAACAGUAAAUUGUAUAUGUGUUGUGAGCAAAUUAAAGUGCAGUGAAUCAAGUUACGAACAUCAAUGAGCUUGAGGGGAAAUAAAAACAAACGAAAACAAAAAGAGAGCCACCUCAAUGCACCACAAAUAAAGAAGCAAUGUUUUGUGCGAUUGAUUAUAGAAACUUAACGAAAUGAAUUGUUGAUUAUUCGAAUGACGGUAAAGUUGCCAUCGAGAAAAAAAGUAAAACCUCUAACCUAAUCUAAA